UCUUGCGUCAUCCUUUCCGUGCUCUGUCCUUUGAUAGGCGUUGCCUUCCUCCUUUUCCGCGAACCUCGUCGAGCUACCUCUCUUACAUCUAGUGGUUGCUCCUCACUCUCCUUUUUCUAUUUAAGGCGUCACUACCUCUCUUAUCAUUGGUGUUUCUGCUGUUCGCGACUUGCUCCUCAUUCCUUUUCUUUCUUUCUCUGUCCAGUGCACGUGUUACAUUUCUCGCCUUCCCGUGGCUCUGUGUAGUUCCUUCCGUUCUGCAGCGCUUCCCUUGACGCUCUUGUUUCCUUCACAGCGUUCGUCUACCUUCUGUCUGUGUCCGCGUCCUGUUCCUUCUUUCUGUCUCUUCUGUCUGUCUAAAGCGCCAUCUUGUGGCUAUCUCCGUUUUCAGUGCCGCCGAAUUCUUUCUCUCCGUUUCCCUCAUGGCAGCAAAUGUUGUUGCCGGGGCCGUCUGCUGUUGCUCGGUCCCGUACCCAAAGACGCGGGCGGAGCGUCGUAUUUUGCUUUGCGGAGGCGUGCUAAAUAUUUUGUUGCCUUGCGGCGUGGGCUCGAUUGUCGCGGGUUGUUGCUUGCGCGAUAAUCAGUUGAUUAACACGGGCAUUUUGCAGCUCCUGUUAACGCUGUUGGUUGUCGGACUCGUCUGGUCUAUCAUCUACGGCAUCAUGAUGAUGCUGAAUGCGCUCUCGGCGCCGCUCGCGUCGUCCUCGGCGCCUCCGGCCGCCUGCGCCGACUUCGCCGACAAAGCCAGCAUGUACCAGGCGUCUUACGGCAUGGAGGCGAGGAUUCUGCAAAAGUCGCCCUCCCGCGGGUCCCCGGAAAAGAGGCUCUCUGGACAGUUUCCGGAGAGCUGCCUCAACUCCUACCCCGCUCAAAACUUUGUGCGAAGUGAGUUUAUGCGAGCUCGCACGGAGACCUCGCGGGAGCUUCUCCAGUCUGUGCGAUCCCACUCUCUCACGACUUCGUCGACGGUGGCGGUCACGAUGUCUCCUCGAUCUUCAGGGACACAGCAGGUGGCAGCAGGGGGACAGACAACCAGAAACGGAGGAGACGAGAGACAAGAGAAGCACGGCGAUUCUCGCCAAGACGAGACGCAAACAACCGGGGUAGGCGUUCCGCCUUUUUCGCCUUUGAUGCUCGAGGAAGGACGGGAAGAAACUGACUCAAGAAUGAAAGACGAACUAGAGACUCGCUGAGCGAGGAAACACUCCCCGAUGCAAGCGACUGGACAAGUUCGGAGAGGGCCGCACAGCUCAAAAGAGGACUCUUUUGAACGAAAUGUGCACCAGGGAGCGCCGUGCAUUUUUGUCGCAGGCGCCAGGCACGCGCACUAGUUUCGAACGAACGCAGCGAAACCCACAUGCCGACACUGCAGAAUAAACGAGCAUGCCGGUAGGUACACGCACGAACACCGUCGGGUUUCAAUUACGUGUACAGGUCUAAACAUGCCUGUGCGGAAAUGCUUGUGUCACCGUAGACACUGAGGUGUCUGUACACUUGAAUGUAGGCUUGGUGCACUUGAGUACAUCUUCGUAGACUCUUUGACCUGGGGCAGUGAGGGGAAGGCGACACCAGGGAAAAGCGAAGAGAGUGGAAACAGGUUCCGAGAAAUGCUUAUGCUUCGACGAACGUGAGGGAGGAUCAGGGAGAUAGAGGACGUCUUUGAAAAUCUACAGAACGUCUCAGUCGCUUCAGAGUAAGACAAGAACGAAGCUGUCAGACUCGGAUACUGCAGGGGAGACGCCUUACGGGCGACAGGCAGGAAUAGACUCUCUACGGUGCUCAGAAAAAGAGACACUUGUACGCAUGUCGGUAUCUGUCUGUGAGUACACGGAAAUGGUCCUACAUGCACGGUCAAAUACGUGUGUAGAUGGAUAUUUGCAUAUGUGUGCCUUUGGUGCGGAGGGGCAUAACUGUGUUUGAUCGAGCGAAGUACGUAAGCAAGGCAGGAUUGUUUCGAAGGUCAUCUCGGUUUCGCAGUGCGCACAUCAUCUGUCCAUGGCGUGAAGGUGAACAAAAGGGGAAUCGGUUCCGUGAGCCAGAAUGGUAGACCACACACUUCUGAUAUGCCAAAAUGGCGCAGUCGAUGUGGCUUUUAAACAGACUUUCGCGC